AUGAGAUUUAAUGCGUCUUUGAUUCACAGACUCAAAAAACACAAACCGCUUGAUAAAGUUCCUGAGUCGGUGCUGUGCUCGCCCGCAUUUGAGCGGCCCGCAAAAUGGUCUGGUCGACGGCGCGCGUUUGCCAAAAGAAUCCAGUCGUACGAAGACUUGUCCUCGAACGUGUUUGCGCAGAUCGCCAGCUCUCCCUGCAGAGCUAUCGUCCCAUCCCGUGUGGUUGUUCCCAGAGAUUUAUUUGUUAGAUUUGUCUGCGUGCAAAACGAGCUCACAGACUCGCAGUUUGACUCGGUGAUGGUUCCUGAUAUCAGACCGGCAGCCAAAAAAGACGAGCUCAUAAUGUACCUGCCCAACGACAAAACCUUUCUUGAGGCCUUUCAAAAAAUCGGCAAAAAACCAGACUUUGCUCUCACGCCGCCUUUCGUCACCUAUAAAGAGAAGGGAUAUCCAAAUGCCGGCUAUUUGGCUCAAAAUGCACAGGUUAUAGAACAAAUCACUCUGGAUACACUCAAGAAAGAGAUAGAAAACGUCCGCACCAAGACCCGCAUUGGUGACGACAACGGGGUCCAUCUGUCUUUUGCUCCAUCAAGGAACAUUGUCAAGUUCCACCCGCUCACGUUUCAUGUCAAUAUCCCCGAUCAGUCAAUAUUAGAAAGCCUUGCUACGCUCCCUAGUCCGCUCCCGGCCAACCACGACACAGCCAAGUUUCUUGCCUGUCUCUACAAAACGUUACUGUAUUUCGAAAGAAAUAACCAUGCAUCAUAA